AUGUCCCUCCUGCAGUGUCCCCUGUAAUGUCCUCCGGCGGAUGCCGGCAUCUGUCUUCCACGUUCCGUUCCCUGCGACGUCAGGACGUACGGGGGAAGGAACCGGUGGGAAAUUUAAAAAUGUGAAAAAUAUAACAUUACUGUAUCAAACCAUUUCACAUACAUUUUGUCCCGAGCGCUUUGUCCUGUGCCCUGCCUGCAUUUUUACUGUUCUUUCUGCCUGGAAACUGAGAAACUUCCAUGGCGUCCAAAAAGCGUCCCUUUAGGUCAAAAGUGGUUUUAGACCGGCUAGAGAACAGCGAUAGUAAAUUAGAACCACUUGCAGAAUUGA